GUCGCCCAUGGAUUCAAGAUGGCGGACACGGUGUCCAGCGGCUCGGGCACGAGAUCAGGAAGCAAACACUCAACAACCCCCGCAGAUAAUUAUUACUUGGCUCGGAGAAGGACUCUGCAGGUUGUGGUCAGCUCCUUGCUGACAGAGGCUGGGUUUGAGAGUGCCGAAAAGGCAGCAGUGGAAACCCUGACGGAGAUGUUACAGAGCUAUGUGUCAGAAAUCGGAAGGAGUGCCAAGUCCUACUGUGAGCACACAGCAAGAACUCAGCCAACCCUUUCGGAUAUUGUUGUUACCUUAGUCGAAAUGGGGUUCAAUGUAGAAACUCUCCCUGCAUAUGCCAAGCGCUCCCAGCGGAUGGUCAUCACUGCACCGCCUGUGACAAAUCAGCCCGUGACUCCCAAAGCUCUAACGGCUGGACAGAACAAACCCCAUCCAUCCCACAUCCCCGGCCAUUUUCCUGAGUUCCCAGAUCCUCACACCUACAUCAAAACUCCGACGUACCGGGAGCCAGUUUCAGAUUACCAGAUACUACGGGAAAAAGCAGCGUCGCAGAGGCGUGAUGUGGAAAGAGCUCUGACUCGCUUCAUGGCAAAGACGGGAGAGACGCAGAGUCUCUUCAAGGAUGAUGUCAGCACGUUCCCACUGAUUGCUGCCAGGCCUUUCACAAUACCGUACCUGACUGCACUUCUCCCCUCUGAGCUGGAGAUGCAGCAGAUGGAGGAAACAGAUUCAUCCGAGCAAGAUGACCAGACGGACACGGAAAACCUACCCCUCCACAUGAGCACGGAUGAUUCGGGAGCCGAGAAAGAGAAUGCUUCAGUGCUACAGCAAAACGCAUCCCUGUCCGGCAGCCGCAAUGGAGAGGAGAGCCUAAUAGACAAUCCCUACCUCCGGCCAGUGAAAAAACCCAAGAUCCGCAGGAAGAAGUGAGCUGCAGUGAGCUGACCGCAUGGAGGAAGAGGAGGCCCACUGGCUGUCCCAUGGAGGUUUCCUUUGCUGCUAUGAGUGACGCAGGACAAAGAGGGGAGAUACUGCUGGUGGAGUGGCUGAAGCAGAGGGAUGACCUCCUGUACAUACCAAGCUACACUCUUCCUCCCCCUUUCCCCCACUGGCUUGGCAUGGUCAGUAGGGAAGGGGUGUGGAAACCACCAGUCCUCACACUGGAAUCAGCCCAUCUACUCCAGAGAAGACUGAGUUGCAGCUGUGACAUUCCUCCUCUUCAUGGGAUGGAUUUAUUCUGUAAGGAGGAGGCACACAGAAGGGUUUUCACUGCUUACCACUUCCCAGUGGACUGUGCAGAAUGCAAGAAUCUAUGUGCUUCCACAGGCAGGUGGAGUCCUCGUCUAGACUCAAAGAAAGACUUGUCCAUUCCACUCUGCCUGUUUGUAUUGGUGUGCACAGGAUUCACACCAUGGUCCCUGGUUAGCUCUGAUUUCUAUUUGAACCAGAGAUUGGCUUGAGCUGCUAUGCAGAGCUCCAUAUCUUAAACUUCCCUGGAGUUUGAGGUUGUCCAAAGCUAGUGGUUCUGCCAUGAAAUCCAGACCCAGAUUCAAACUUUCCCAAAGUUGCUGAAUAUUCAGAGUUGUUGGUGUUUUGGUUUGGUCUAAAUCCCAUUGUUCAGGAGCAAUGGGCAGGGUUAUGCACGUGUAUCAGGGUCAUGAGGGAGACUGCCCAAGUACGUCACUUAUUCUAGUGUUUAAAUGUGGAGGUGCAGAAAAUGUUCACCCUAGUUUUUAAAGUGCAUUUAUAGUCAGCCCUUCUUACUCAACAGAUCUGUCAGAAUGGUUCCCUCUUAAUCAAUAGAUCAGCUUCUUGUGUGUCUUUGUCUUAUCGGUGCAUUUCUCUGGCAAAAGUCCAAGAUUUUUACACCUGGUAGCCAUAGUGUUGGAUUUCUCUCUGCUUUGCACAGCAUCAGCUAAAUUCCCUUUGCAGAGGCUUUAUUCUUGAGGCGAGUAUACAGUAAGAGGCAGAAGAAUCCCUGGUGGGUUUUCAGUUCCCAAACUUUGUUUAUAAUGUUGGCAGUUAAAACAAAUCAACUUUUAUCUGGUAAACUGAGUGCAUCUGGUGUGUCACUUAAGGGGAGAGGAAUACAUUCAGCGCUCCAGAAUGCCAUUCUUUUCUGGCUACAGCUGCACUUAAAAGCAGUAAGCAUGCUGUUUAUAUCGCUCCAGUUAGAGAAUAUUUUCCAGCUGUCUGAACGGCAAGAUCUAACAGCUGCUUCAGGCUCUCUUUCGAUUCUGUUUGGUUUCAGUGCAAUACAGGUCCCCUGAGAGUCUGCCAGCUGUCUGAAACCCACUGUGCUAUAGGUUUUGGAAUACGGAAUGAGAAUCAAUUGACGGACUGUCCUUAUGGCCAGUAUUAUGGUCCGUUUUCUCCUGUGGAAAUACAGGGCUUUUAUUCACUGGAAAGUCUCCUUUUCUUCAACGGUCAAAAAACACUGCUCGUUCUAGCAUGACCUAGGGGUGGUAUAAGUCUUCACUCAAGCCUGGAUCCUGAGGCCUUUACUUAACUUUCACUCAGCCUUUAUUCGGGCAAAACACUGGUUGACUUCAACAGUUUUCCUUGAGUAAGGAUGAGUAAAACCUGAGUAGAGAGACUCCAUGCUGCAAAUGCUUGUGUAAAUACAUGGACCCAACCAGGGAUUGCCCCUAAUACCAAAUAGCUUUCUCUGACUGCUAGUGCUAAAUGAAAAGAUGCCUUCGUGAAAAUAUUCAGCAGUAGCAGACAUUUCAUGGCAGAUGAAAUCAUUGUGCCCAUAGCGGUUGCAGAGGUCAGACUAUCAAUUGCAAAUGGCUCGACCGCUCCAGACUGCCUUAUUAAACACUAUUAUCAUUGGAAGCGGGGAAGGUUCUGCUCUCAAGCACGUGUAUACAAAUUUAGCUAACCCACUACCCCUCCCGAAAUUGGGCUGCCCGAGAAAGAAAAGUAGGCAGCAAGUUGAUGGUUUAAAGCAUUUUUUAAAAUUAAUUUUUGGAAAAAUAGAAAUGAAACACUUUAGAGCUAUUGAAACUGAAGGCAAAAUUGAUCAGAUCUUUUUUUUUUUUUUCAAAAGGCAUAUGUGGAAAAGAUCCUGAGAUGAAAAGUAUCAAAAUCUCAUUCCCUUUCCACCUCAGUAAACCAGCUCUUUAAGCUCUCUAUCUCUGCAAUGAAAUUGGGCGUGCUCAGCCCUUUCUGUCACUCCACUAACAUCCAACUUACUGCGCAUUUGGGCAAGGAACCAGAAGCCUAUGGGAAAUAUCAGUAUCUUGGUGCUCUACCUCCCUUUCUCUGUCCGUGCACAUGGCGGUUUAUACAGUUGCCCUUUCACCUAUCACUCUCCAGCUACCC